AUUUCCCAUAGUACGUGGGAUGCCAGUGUAAUCACACCCAUCAAAACGCAAACAUCAAAGGAUGCCCUCGCACGUGUCCUUUUUCAUCAUCACUGUAUGAAAUAUUAGUGCGCGCGCCCUCCCAUCAAACUGAAAUUCAGCUAUUUAAAUUCAAACUGUCCAGACGGUGGAACGUCGUUCGUUCCAUCACAGACUUUCGUUUCGUGGAAAAAAUAGAAGUGUUAUCCAGUUUCCGCCCAGUAGUGUGAUGUUGAGGCAAAGCUCUUUGAGAGUUUAGGAUUCGAACUGGGACUCGCAGGUGAAUUAUUUUUCACUCAUUAAAAAGUCUGAAUAAUAUUGCGGUCUCAAAAAAAGAAGAAGAAAAAAAGAAGCUGGAUGUAACGAGUUUCAAGGCGGGAAAGGUGGUGGAAAAUAAAUUCACACAUUGAAAAUCUACGCGUCACAUAUGCUGGAAGUUUUAGAAAUUCAGCUCCUUUUUGUUGGCAAAAUAUUAGGCUAACCAAUGAACCAAGAUGUAGGUGCAUCUCUCGGGAAUAAAUAACCGGUGGAAAGAAAACCAUAAUGCUUCAAGUGGCAGGAUGUUCUUUUAACUUUUUCAAUAGACGCGGCUCAUAGACGCCACCUGCUGUUCAGAAGCGGUAGUGCGUGGAAAAUGGAUAGCUACUGGGAGCCGGGAAUGAACGAUAUUAUAGUAAGCCACUACAACCACUCCGGAAAGUGGGGGAGACCAAAAAGUGCUGGUACUUGCAAGACAGCCUUCCUGCUUUUUAUCUGCAUCCUUAUAGUUUUGGAGAACGUAACUGUUUUACUUGCCCUAUGGCGCAACAAGCGUUUCCACAGCCGCAUGUAUUUUCUCAUUGGCAACCUGGCUCUAUCAGACUUGCUAGCUGGAGUGGCGUACGUGGUAAACAUUUUCACCUCUGGCAGAAAUACUUAUUUCCUCAGUCCUGGCCAAUGGCUGUUGCGAGAAGGAAGCAUGUUUGUAGCCUUAAGCGCCUCUACCUUCAGUUUGCUAGCCAUUGGAAUUGAGCGCCACAUGACCAUGGUUCGUUUACGUCCAUGCGAGGUUGCGGGAAGGGGGAGGUUACUAGCCCUGCUUGGGGCCUGCUGGGCUGUUUCGGUACUGCUCAGCGCUUUGCCCAGCCUCGGCUGGAACUGUUUGGACCGAAUGCACACUUGCUCCACUGUACUACCACUCUACGACAAAAGCUACAUAGCCUUCUGCAUCAGUGUCUUCACGGCCCUACUAGCGGCCAUUGUGGUACUCUACGUGCGAAUCUACAAGCUGGUAACAUCCAGUGGCCGAAGAGUGAGUUCCAGACCAUCGGAGCGCUCACUCGCACUCCUACGCACGGUAGUGAUAGUGCUAGGGGUGUUUGUUGCCUGUUGGUCUCCUCUAUUUCUACUACUACUCCUGGAUGUGGGAUGCAGUCCAGGGCAGUGCCCAGUGCUGUACCAGGUGGACUGGUUCAUCGCCUUGGCGGUACUCAACUCCGCCCUCAACCCCCUCAUCUACACGCUGUCUAGCCGUGAGAUGCGAACCGCAUUCUUCCGUGUACUGUGCUGCUGCUGCUGUAACACGCCACUAGACUCCAUGCCCACAACAGCAGGAACAGCGCUCCCUGGAAUGGUCAUCGCCACUGCGGAGAACAGCAAGUCAAGUAUGGCCGGGAUAGCUUGUGUGGCAGGCAAGUCUAACCUGAUGCUAAGUAAAGUGCCCACUCCAGCAAACUCACACCACCAGCACAGUGACACAUUGCCACCUGCUGUGACACACCAAUCAGGGCCAGGUGACCUGCUGUCUGCUGUGCUGGUUAAAGCAGCGGCUCUUCCAUCAUUGGGAAAGUUCUGAAACAUUUUGGUAAAGAUACUACAGAAGUGCACACUACAGUGCUGGAUUUCAUGUCAGGAUUUCCUAAGAUGUUUGGUGAUGGAUCCUGAACAAUAUGUUUGGCCAUCACUCUACACUUCGAUAUCAAAUGGACAACAGACCCAAUCAAAGUGUGAUUAAACAAAUGCUGACCAAAGGAUAUAAAAACUGAAUUUACUUCUACGUGUAUUAAUAUUUAUGAAACUGACCAUGUGCUGUGAGCACAUAAAAUAGAGCCACUACAGAAUAUAAUCACUCAAAAUGCUAAGGCGUGCAAUCUUUUAUCUAAGUAAUCAUAUUUGCAAAGCAGUAUAUUCGUUUUUAUGAAUGAAAAUGCCUUAACAGUAUUAUAUGCAUUAUGAAACUCUGUAUGACUUACCUUUAACGUAUUUCUUCACAGUUCAUUACCCUAACGGACAAGAACAUUUUGAAUAGUUUGCUAUUUUUGCUAUUACACAAGUUAGCUUUAUAAACAACAAAUUGAAUGUUUUAAAGAGUGACAAACUGAUUAGAAUGUGGAUGUUUACGGUUAAUAUUCUGUGGAUGGGUUUACAUGGCAGAUGUUAAAGGAAUAGCUUACCCAAUAAUUACACUAACUGUAUAUUAUUUACUCACCAUCAUGUUUUGAACUGACAUCAAUCACCAUUCAGUUUAAUUGUAUAGAAAAGAGCAGCGUCAACAUUACUCAAUAAUUCUGACAGGAAGUCAUAUGGGUUUGGAAAUGUUUCAUUUUUGAGUAAACUUUAUUUUAGGGAGCUAUCUGACAGAAACUAUGUAAGAUGAGAUAGUUCCAUUGUGAAUGUGUUUGAACUUUUGAUUGUUUUGAG